GUUCUCUACCGCACACAUACGCUUGAUAAUAAUAAUAAGAAAUCUUAAGCAAUCCACUGAAGAUCUCUUCCUCGAAGACGUGUAUUUUGAGAAUGACACCGACUCUUUUGCCGUCGCAGUCACUGUGAUCUGCAAGAAGUGAGUAGGCGUCUAUUCACAUGCAUUUGCUCGAACGCACUUACGUAGCGGUCGCACUCUCGUGUGGUGAACAGACAACUCCAAUUACACCGCCAUGAGCCCAUGGCAGCUCCAGCAACACCCAAAAAGUUGAAACACAUGAAACUCGCGGUGCCGUCGAUGUAACCAAAUUUUUUCUCUUCUCCGGUAUUAUCACACACAAUUCCCAACAUCGCCCUCCCGGUUCCGUAUCACUUGGCGCCCGUGUUUCCCUCUUACCUCACAGAACGCUGCGAUCAGUUCGUUCUAGCUCAUUUGCGUGUAUACCUUUCCGUAAGAAAUAAGGAAACACACUUUUUUGUUCACAGAAACAUUAUUAUUAUUAACUAUUUUCGAUCUCCUACUUCACAGUUUCUCAGCCGUGUUUACUGCUCAACGGCAGCGACAUCUUCUUCACAGAAACUAACGUAAGCUAAGGUGUAAGGCACACAACGUUGAAAGGAUUUUAACUGUUAGUCGUAAACAUCUCCCUUCGUCGUUAUUCAAGGGAACUACAAUCUCUAUUUUAUUAAAGCCUCACAUAUUGUCAUCAACAAUGUUCGCUCGUCGUGUUUGCGGGAGCGCCGCGGCCACCGCUGCGUGCCUGGUGCGCCGCGCGUCGGACAAGGUGCAGGGCGACGUGAUCGGCGUUGAUCUCGGCACGACGUACAGCUGCGUUGCGACGAUGGACGGCGACAAGCCGCGUGUGCUGGAGAACACGGAGGGCUUCCGCACGACGCCGUCCGUUGUUGCGUUCAAGGGCAGCGAGAAGCUUGUGGGGCUUGCUGCGAAGCGCCAGGCCAUCACGAACCCGCAGUCGACGUUCUACGCGGUGAAGCGGCUGAUCGGGCGCCGCUUCGAGGACGAGCACAUCCAGGCGGACAUCAAGAACGUGCCGUACAAGAUCAUACGCGCUGCGAACGGCGACGCGUGGGUGCAGGACGGGAACGGGAAGCAGUACUCGCCGUCGCAGAUCGGUGCGUUUGUGCUGGAGAAGAUGAAGGAGACGGCGGAGAACUUCGUGGGGCACAAGGUGAGCAACGCGGUGGUGACGUGCCCCGCGUACUUCAACGACGCGCAGCGCCAGGCGACGAAGGACGCGGGUACGAUUGCGGGCCUGAACGUGAUCCGCGUGGUGAACGAGCCGACUGCUGCGGCGCUUGCGUACGGCAUGGACAAGACGAAGGACACGCUGAUCGCGGUGUACGACCUCGGCGGCGGCACGUUCGAUAUCUCCGUGCUGGAGAUCGCCGGUGGCGUGUUCGAGGUGAAGGCGACGAACGGCGACACGCACCUUGGCGGCGAGGACUUCGACCUGACGCUGUCGGACUACAUCCUGGAGGAGUUCCGCAAGACGAGCGGGAUCGACCUGAGCAAGGAGCGCAUGGCGCUGCAGCGCGUGCGUGAGGCCGCGGAGAAGGCGAAGUGCGAGCUGUCGUCUGCGAUGGAGACGGAGAUCAACCUGCCGUUCAUCACUGCGAACGCUGACGGCGCGCAGCACAUCCAGAUGCACGUGAGCCGCAGCAAGUUCGAGUCGAUCGUGGAGAAGCUGAUCACGCGCUCUGUUGCGCCGUGCAAGCAGUGCAUGAAGGACGCGGGCGUGGAGCUGAAGGAGAUCAACGACGUGGUGCUUGUGGGCGGGAUGACGCGGAUGCCGAGGGUGAUCGAGGAGGUGAAGAAGUUCUUCGGCCGCGAGCCGUUCCGCGGCGUGAACCCUGACGAGGCGGUGGCGCUCGGCGCUGCGACGCUGGGCGGCGUGCUGCGCGGCGACGUGAAGGGCCUCGUGCUGCUGGACGUGACGCCGCUGUCGCUGGGCAUCGAGACGCUCGGCGGCGUGUUCACGCGGAUGAUCCCGAAGAACACGACGAUCCCGACGAAGAAGAGCCAGACGUUCUCGACGGCCGCGGACAACCAGACGCAGGUGGGGAUCAAGGUGUUCCAGGGCGAGCGCGAGAUGGCUGCGGACAACCAGCUGAUGGGGCAGUUCGACCUUGUGGGCAUCCCGCCGGCGCCGCGCGGCGUGCCGCAGGUGGAGGUGACGUUCGACAUCGACGCGAACGGCAUCUGCCACGUGACGGCGAAGGACAAGGCGACCGGCAAGACGCAGAACAUCACGAUCACUGCGAACGGCGGGCUGUCGAAGGAGCAGAUCGAGCAGAUGAUCCGCGACUCGGAGGCGCACGCGGAGACGGACCGCGUGAAGCGCGAGCUUGUGGAGGUGCGCAACAACGCGGAGACGCAGCUGACGACGGCGGAGAAGCAGCUUGGCGAGUGGAAGUACGUGAGCGACGCGGAGAAGGAGAACGUGAAGACGCUCACUGCGGAGCUGCGCAAGGUGAUGGAGAACCCGAACGUGUCGAAGGACGACCUGUCCGCUGCGACGGACAAGCUGCAGAAGGCUGUGAUGGAGUGCGGCCGCACGGAGUACCAGCAGGCUGCGGCUGCGAACAGCGGCAGCAGCAGCGGCAGCGGCAACGCCGGCGACCAGCAGCAGCAGCAGCAGGGUGACUCCGUCUUUUUUAUCUCGGCCUGGAUUGUACGGUUACUGAAUAAAACAGCUGAAAACGCACGAUGA